AUGAACUGGAUGAGACCCGGAGUUGGGGUCCCGGGACCAUGGGUCCCUCUGCUGACUGUCUUCCUGCUGGGGGUCUGCCAGGCACACCCCAUCCCUGACUCCAGCCCCCUCCUCCAGUUUGGGGGUCAAGUCCGGCAGAGGCACCUCUACACAGAUGACGACCAGGGCACUGAAGCCCACCUGGAGGUCAGGGAGGAUGGCACAGUGGUAGGCGCCACACUCCGCAGCCCAGAAAGUCUCCUGGAGCUCAAAGCCUUGAAGCCAGGGGUCAUUCAAAUACGGGGUGUCAAGGCCUCUAGGUUUCUUUGCCAACAGCCAGAUGGAGUCCUGUACGGAUCGGUUCACUUCGAUCCUGAGGCCUGCAGCUUCAGGGAGCUGCUUCUGGAGGAUGGAUACAACGUCUACCAGUCUGAAGCCCAUGGCCUGCCCCUGCGCCUGCCCAAGAGCUACUCUCCAAGCCAGGGCCUAGCAGCCUGGGGACCUGUGCGUUUUCUGCCUCUGCCAGGCCAGCUCCACCAACCGCAGGAGCCACCAGGGUUCCUGGCCCCUGAGCCCCCCGAUGUGGGCUCUUCCGACCCCCUGAGCAUGGUGGGGCCUUUGCAGGGCCGAAGCCCCAGCUAUGUUUCUUGA